GUGGAGUGUGUUUGAAACGUGUGUUGGGCACGUGUGUUUUUCAUGUAUAUAAGCAAUAAUUUCGUAUUCAUGGAGAACUGAUAUGUUGCAACAAACGUUAGAACGAUAGCAGUACAACAAUAAUAUAUAAGUAUAAAAUAUCGCAACAUAGAUGAAGCCGUAAGUAAAUCUCUGUGAACUAAACAUUUUGAACACCUUAUUAACUUCGACCAGGUAAUUUGUAAGAAAAUGCAAUAGUUUAAGACAUACCGGUAAAGAGCAUGUAAUUAAAAAACCAGGAUAUGGCGCUCUUUAAAGACACUUUUAAGGGACCAAACGGGUUUGAAGAUUUACGAAAGUUUAUAAAACAGGGUGGAGACUUUUGUAAAGAGAUCACUUCUAUUUUACAAGAACGAUCGGAGCUAGAAUCAACAUAUUCCAAAGGACUGGCGAGACUAUCAGUUAAACUAGCCAAAGCUUCUCGUGAAGUUCGUGGAACCGUUUCGGACACCUGGCAAGAAGUGGCCAUGCUGAUGGAGCAGGAAUCUGAGCUACACAGAAAUUUUGCAGUAGGAUUGAAAGAAGAAGCUGUAAAGCCACUUAAAACUUUAGUGGAAUGUCAACAUAAAACAAAAAAACUUGUGGAAUCUAUGGUUGAGAGAAGCUCAAAAUAUCUAUCAGAAAAACGCAAUGAAGAGCAAAAGAUGAAGAAACAACAUCAUUCUUUUGCUAAAGAAAAUGAGAGAAUACAAGAUCAAAUGGCUGACAGUAAAGUUGUUCAAGGUAGAUCAGUUUCAGAGAAAGAUAUUGUGAAGAUAGAAAAUAAGAAAAGAAAAUCUGCAGAAUCUUCCAUGAAAGUUGAACUUGAUUACUACAGUUCCUGUCUGAAGGCAGAACGAGCCCGACAACAGUUAGAGACAGCCACAUAUCGAGCAGCAUGUCAUUUUCAACAUCUGGAAGAGGAACGACUAUCUCAUCUACAGGAGCUUACUCAGAAAUAUAUAUCUCAUCUCAGUACAUUAGGCCCUGGGAUGGUUCAAUGCUCAGAGAGACUAAAAGCUUCUGCAUCAUGUAUCAGUAUCCAGAAUGACAUCCAGUUAGCUAUGCAAAUCAAGGGAACAAACUCCAACAUUUUAGACCCUCUACUUCCUGAGUUUUAUGCAGAAGAUUUUUCCAUUCUAAUGGAGAAAGAAAGAAGACAAGAAUCAUUAGAAAGAAUAUUAAAUUUGUUGAAACAAGACUUGGAACUAGAAAAGAAAGGAAAACAAGGAUUAGAAGACUUGGUUAGAGUUUUUAAUGAGGAUCACACACCUUUAGUUAGUGAUGGAACACAAGAUCAUGUCAGUGAGAAACUUCAACAUAUUGAAGCUUUGCAGUUGUUUUUGGAAGCAACUCGGUAUAAAAUUCAGUGUGAUUUGGCCGAUCUAGAAGGAGUGGUUCGUCCAGUCAGUCCACUCUCUAUUACAUUGCAUCAAUAUAAAGAUAAGCAGGGUACAAUACAAACCUUACUAAAACUGCCAGAAUGGCCACAACUAGAAAGGAGAAAUUCAUCUGGAAGUUGGUCAUCUUGUAGCGAUUCACUCGGGCUUGACCGUGGCAUGGCUGAUGGUGUAUCUGUCAUACAUGAACAGUUAGAUUCUUCAUCUGUGUACAGUUCAGUUCAGCAUCCAGCUUCAGAAUUAAGCAAACCUUCCAGUACAAAGACUCUUCAAUACUGUCGAGCCAUAUACACUUACCAGGCAAACCUAAGUGAUGAAUUAACACUUCAUUCAGGUGACAUAAUAUGUGUGAAAAGGAAGAGUGAUGAUGAUUGGUGGGAAGGUGAACUUAAUGGGGUUGUUGGGCUGUUUCCAUCCACUUAUGUUGAAGAAAUUGAAUAUUAAAUUAAUUGUGAUGCAAAAAAGUUUUAUAUUGAAGAGUAAUAAUAGUAAUUUUGGUUCAGAUAUCAAUAUACCUCAAGCACCAACAGUAGCUUCAUAUAACUGAAAAUAUUAAAAAACUUACAUUAACAACAAUUGAUUGUUGACCUGGUUUCUUUUCUUUAAAUGUUUCUUUUUUUCAAACUGAUUUUGAAAAAUGAAUAGUGAGUGUUCUUGAAGGUUUCCAAAAUAUGAAAUUUAUUAUGUAUUGAAGCCCAAGAAAAAAUAUUGGCUGGGCAAUAUAUAACACGUAGUAGUGGUGCUUUGUGAACAUGUUUUCAAAGCUAAUAUGUUAUAUCUAGUUUAAUGUAUUCUAGUUUAAUUAGUAAUAUCCAGGUUUUGCUUCACAGCAGAGCUCAUUGGAUAAUUCUAAAAACAUUUCUAUUGUACAGUAGAGAAAAGUUACAUAUUGCCUCUGGAUUUUUGUGCAAAAACAUAAAUAAAACAUUGUUUUAUUUAUAUUCACAAACUGUGUUUUUUGUUAUACUGUCAUUAAAUGAGACAGAAUUUAGUUGUUUAACAAGUUAUUUUUAGGUAUUUUGUGGAACAUGUUGGAUUUGAAAAAAUAAAGUUUUGCAUAUUGUAAUCCUAGUCUUUUUGUUAAAAACUAAUAAUUUGGGAAAAGUGAAAAUGCAAAUUUAAAAUCUAGUGUUUGAAAAGAUAUUAAGUACAGGAUUAUGCUUCAGAUGCCUAAAGUAAUUGCAUUUUUAUAUUUCAGAAUGAAACUCAUUUUGUACUAACUCCAUUAACUUGAUUUUCAUUUUGACUUAUUUUGGUCACUGUAGAUGCUCAAGACUAAUAUAACAACAUCUUCAAACUUUUAGCGCACAUUGGUUGGGAAUAGCUUUUCAAAUAAAUAAAAGGAUUGUGAGAAAUAUAUUAUGGUUUUAUUUAUGACAUUACUCUGUUAUAUUGCACCAUUAUUUUAUAAUUUGAAUGUAGUUUUUAGUUAUACCAAAUGGGGGUUGGGCUGGGGAAAGUCAAAAGACUACAAAAAUAUUUUAAUAAGUCUAAAAGGUCCACAAUUUUCUGAUUUUUUUUAAAUUGUUGUUUUGCUAUAUAGGAAAGAUGCACAGUGGACUAUCUGUGCUCUGUGGAAAAUUGAAUCCUGGAUUUUAACAUUGGAAGUCUGUAAGCUUACUGCUAACCUUCCAAGGGAACUUUUAUAAAAUAAACACUUGACUUUAUUUUUGCUCUCAUAAGUUUUGAAUACUUUCAUUUUACAAGUCUCAUUUAGGCUAAGAUAAAUCACUUAAAAUCUUUGUGUAGAAGAAAAGAUGCACAUAUUUUGGGGAAAAUACCACCCCUCCACCCAGUUACUAAAGUGGUUUAAACACAUUUUUCAAAUCAAUUUUUAAAUUUAAAUACAGAACGUUUUCCUAUUGGCAUUACUAAAGUUAAAUCUAAUUUAAAGACUAAAUAAUA